UAUCUCUACGCAUUCCUCUCGCCGCGAGACGAUCGUCCGUCACCCCCGUCCACCCGCGACCGCGUCUCCCUCUGACCCUGUCACCCAUCCCGCGCCGCGUCUGCGUGAUCGAGGCCUCCACGGCGGUGAUCACCAUGAGGCUCUCGUCGAGCGUCCGCCUAGGGCCUCUCCUCCUCCUCCUCCUCCACCUCGUCCUCCUCCUCGUCCUCGUCCCACCGGGAUCCGAGGCCACUCAUCUGCGCGGUGGGACCAUCUCGUGGAAGCAGUCAGAGGGUGACCAGUAUCACUUCUACUACAUGCUCGCGUGGCGACGAAACUCGGGGGAGGGCGGGCGCUGCGUUGACGCCGACAUCACGUCCGGCAAGUCGUUCACCUCGUACCAGAAGUGGCGCUGCACCGAGAGCUGCUCGUCCAUCUACUCGCUGUCGUACUCCUGCAUCGAGCAGAACCAGAACUCCAACUGGAUGAUCGGCUCGUCGGCGUUCGACUUCACCAUCCCGCCCACGGCGCCCAGCGUCAUCGCCUUCCGCGACUGCUGCUGGGUGAACGUCCUGGUGUGGAGGGUGGACAACCAGAUCGAGGCGUCCGAGUGGGACUGGUCGCUCAUCACGGUGCUCAACCCGGGCGUGCGCAGCGACACGGGGGCCCCGAACGUCUCCCCCGUCACCUCCUCCAAGCCGCUCAUCAGGCUGAAGGCCGGCUGCACCACCGUGUGGCACAUCCCGGUGUACGAUGCUGACGGCGACACGGUGCGGUGCCGAUACGCCGAGAAGGGAGCACGUGACGAGUGUGGAGGCAUCUGCGGGGUCGCCCCCUACGGAGUCCUCGACGAGGCCGCCUGCGUCAUCACCUUCACGGUGCCCCCGGACGCCGACGGCCUCUGGGCCCUGGCCCUGAUGAUCGAGGACUCCGUCAACUCGUCGCUGACCGUGGGCUCGCUGAGCCUCGCUCCUGGCGACGCUCUGUCCGGCAUCCCGCUGCAGGUCCUGCUCGAGUUCGAGGCUGCCGUCUCGUGCCUGAUGCCCACCUUUGUGGGCGCCACGCCCAGCAACGGGCAGUCCUUCGUGGCGACGCAGGGAAUCCUCUUCGAGCUGCCCAUCGACAUCUCCGUGGCGACUGACGCGGCGGCGGGCGUAACGAUCUCUCGCCUGGGCACGUUCGCUCCAUUCGGCAUCGCCAAGGACCCCAUCACGGUGGACGCCACGAACCCGCAGCUGUUCCACACGCGCCUCACGUGGAUGCCCACCAACAAGGACGUGCGCACGCACCAGGUCUGCUUCUACGCCUCCGAGAGCACCAUGCUGGAGACGGAGCUGCGUUGCGUGACCGUCAGAGUGUCAGCCACCGUGGAGCCAAUUGCUUACGCCUACAGCACCCCGCUCACGUUCAACAACGUGGCCAUCGGAUGGACCGUCACCUUCUCGGGGGAGGUCGCCCUUCCGUCGGCGAGCGGCGCCUUCUUCCGCUUCUUCGAGGUGCGGGGCGACCGCGAGGUCUUCAAGGUGGACGGGAUGAGCGCCACGCUGAUCGCGGGCAACACCCAGGCGCAGUUCACGAGCCCGGCGUCGGUCUUCAACGGCGGCGUGGAGCACUACAUCACGGUGGACGAGGGCGCCAUGAGGGGCGUCGUCGGCGGCGUGGCCGUCACCAACACGAACGCGCGCGUCAAGAAGGACUGGCGCUUCCGGCUGAAGAAGAAGGUCUACGCCUGGUGCCACGGCGUGGGCGACCCCCACUACCGCUCCUUCGACGGCAACCACUUCAACUUCAUGGGCACGCGAACCUUCGUCCUCGCCUCCAACUGCGUCUCCAACCUGCCGGUGCCGUGGCGCGUCCUCGCCAAGAACGAGCACCGGCGGCGCGCCGACGUGUCGUGGACGCGCGAGGUGCACACCGAGAUCUACAACCACACCGUCUCCUUCAUCCGCGACCGCAAAGUCCUGCUCGACGGCCUCGUCGUCAACGUGCCCUACUACGACCCGGCGGAGAGGUUCCGGAUCACGCUGUCCAAGAACGAUUUCCUUCUCUGGACCAACGCCUUCCUCAGCGUCUCCUACAAUGGAAUCAGCCGCGUGGAGGUCCACCUCCUCAACUAUGACGUCUACUACAACUCCGUGUGCGGCCUGUGCGGGACGUGGAACAGCGACCCCAACGACGACUUCCUGAUGCCCAACCUCACCCUGGCGGCCACCGCGGCCGAGUUCGGCAACAGCUGGGAGCUGCCUGAAAGGAAGAUCAAGGAGAGCGGGAGCAGCGACACGGGCGCCUCCGUCGGCGUCGUCCUCGACCCCCAGAGGCAGAUCAAGGCGGGCUUCGGCGACAACUGCGGCCUCCUGAAGGACCCGGCGAGCCCCCUGGCCCCGUGCUUCGGCGCCGUGGACCCGGCGCCGCACUACGCCGACUGCGUCUACGACCUCGUGCUCGCCAAGCUGGACGUUGCCGUCCUCUGCCAGGCGGUGCAGGCUUACGUGAAGCUCUGCUACGACCAGGGCGUCGCCUUCGCGCCCGACUGGAGGAACGCCACCAAGUGCCACGUGGACUGCGGAGCGAGCGCGGCCUUCAAGGACUGCGGCAGCGCGUGCCCGGCCACGUGCUACGACCCCGGCGCCCCGGCGGACUGCGCCGACGCUUGCGGCGAGACCUGCGAGUGCCUUGACCCGGCCCACGUGUGGGACGGGGACGAGUGCGUCGCCCCGGCGCUGUGCGGCUGCAAGGACGGCGACGGCAAGUACUACAAGGUGGCUGAUGUGUUCUGGAAGAACGGCUGCUCCGCUCAGUGCACGUGCGUGUCCUCGGGCAACAUCCAGUGCCAGAAGAACCCUUGUGACCUGACGCUGAACUACUGCGGCGCCGGGCCCCAGGGGGACUACGGCUGCCAGCCCAAGAUCUUGGAGUGCACCGCGUGGGGCGACCCCCACUACACGACGUUCGACGGACGCAAGUUCGACUUCCAGGGCACGUACACGUACGUGCUCACGCAGCCGUGCUCGGGCGCCGACUGGAGCGUGAAGGUGAAGAACGAGCACCGCGCGGGCAGCUGGGUCGUGGCUUACACGCGCGAGGUCACCGUGGAGCUGUACGGGCAGCGGGUGCUGCUCGCCGUCGGCUCCCACGUCUACCUGAACGACGUGCAACUGCGCCUGCCGUUCUACUACGGCGGCGGCGGCGUCGCCGGCGGCGCCGGAGGAUUCUCGGUGACGCGCGACGGGGGCUUCAUGCGCGUGGCGUCCGACUUCGGCCUCGAGGUCCUCUACGAGGGGAACUACCACGCCAAGGUCAAGCUGCCCACCACCUUCGCGGCGUCGCUCUGCGGCCUCUGCGGCAACAUGAACGGCGCCGGCGCCGACGACUUCACGCGCCGGGACGGCUCGCAGGCGCCCGGCGCCACCGACUUUGGCAACAGCUGGAAGGUGGAGGAGCCGGGCAUCGUCGACACGGGCUUCGACGACAUUGGCCGCCCCGUGGUGAUCGAUCCGGUGGGCUCCGGCGUGGCGGCCCAGCCGACCUGGUGCGGCAUCCUCAAGGACCCGCUGGGCGCCUUCUCCAGCUGCCAGGCGUCCGUCGACCCCGAGCCGUUCUUCGCCAACUGCGUCUUCGACCUGGUGCUGCUGCAGUUCGACCCGGUCGUCCACUGCAAGGCACUGCAGGCGUACUUCGCCGCCUGCGUCAAGGCCGGAGCGGCCACCCAGGAGUGGAGGAGCGCCGCCGUCUGCCCCGUCCCGCAGUGCCCCGCCAACAGCCACUACUCGUACUGCGCUCCGCCGUGCCCCGUGUCGUGCGUGGACGGAGCCGUCGAGGGGCAGUGCCAGGGAGACUGCGUUGAGGGCUGUGUCUGUGACAUCGGCUACGUCCUGGAGGACGACGCCUGCGUGCUGGCCGACCAGUGCGGCUGCCUCUACAAGAACAAGUACUACAAGGUUGGCGACACGUUCAUCUCGGACGACUGCACUAGCUCGUGCCUGUGCGACGCGGGGGGCAUCGACUGCCAGGCGUUCGCCUGCCCCGAGUUCCACUUCUGCGCCGUGCUGGAGGGGGGCAAGGCCGGCUGCCAAGCCAUCGCGAAGCACUGCCACGCGUCUGGUGACCCGCACUACACCACCUUCGACGGCAAGUACUUCGACUUCAUGGGCACGUGCACCUACACGCUGGCGGCGCCGAGCCCCAGCUACGCGGGCUCUCGCCCGGCGGCGUGGCACGUGCUGGUGCAGAACGAGCACCGGUACGGAAACGCGGCCGUGGCGUACACGCGGACCGUGGAGGUGCGGCUCGACCACGACGUCAACGUCAAGCUGCUGUUCGGCGGCGCCGUCCUGGUGAACGAUGAGAGCGUGAGCCUCCCCGUGGGCCUGCCCAACGGCACGGUGGUGAGGGCCGGCAAGUUCGCGGUGCUCUCCUUCCCGGCGGCGGGGCUCACCGUCAAGUACGACGGCUACAGCUACGUGGACCUGCGCCUCCAGGCGUACUACGCGCGCAACCUCAGCGGCCUCUGCGGCAACUUCAACGGCGACCCGGGCGACGACUUUGCGGGGCCCGACGGGGAGCUGCACGCCACCGCCUACACCUUCGGCAGCUCCUGGCAGUACCCGGUCGCCAGCAACAACUCGGCCUGCGGGUUCGACUACGGCCGAAUGGUGAAGCCGAACGAUGCCGACUUGGCCAGUGCCGCCGAGCCGUGCAGUCCCCUCAAGAGCGCGACGUCGCCGUUCGCCGCGUGCUUCGAGGCGGUGCCGCCCGAGCCCUUCCACGGCAACUGCGUGUUCGACCUGGCGCUCACGGCGCUCAGCGACGAGCUGCGCUGCUCCCACCUGCAGGGUUACUUCGACGCGUGCCUGGGCAGCGGCGUGACGCUCGGCGAGUGGAGGGCGUCCUUGAAUUGCCCGCUGAGCUGCCCGGCAAACAGCGCGUACAAGGGGUGCGCGUCGCCGUGCCCGAGCGCGUGCGGCUUCUCCAACGCCGCGUGCCCAAAGAGGCAGGCGUGCGUCGAGGCGUGCGAGUGCAGCCCGGGCUUCUUCCUGCACGACGGAGCCUGCGUGGACGCGGCCAACUGCGGCUGCACCAUGGACGGCAUCUACCAUCCCGUGGGCGACGAUUGGUGGUCAUGGGAUUGCUCGCACCACUACACCUGCUACUCGCAGUACAACAUCUCGGACGACCCCAGCGGGUGCAUGGGCAACGAAGUCUGCUUCCUGAAGAACGGAAUGCUGGGAUGUCACCCUGCCGAGGUGCGGCUGUCGUGCCAGGAUGAGCGGAUGUCAGCCCACAUCCCCAAGGUGCUGGUGGCGGGCCACAACGCGAGCGACUUUUCGCUCAACGACGGCACGCCCCCGGGAUGCUCGCCGCUCGACAACGGCCAGUUCAUCGUCUUCGACAUCGGCAUCGUGGACUGCGGCGCCGUGUGCCAGGAGACGGACUCGCAGAUGAUCUUCUCCCAGACGCUCACCCUCAAGUCGGCCAACAGGAGCCUGCCCAUCAUCCGCAACUUCAACGACAUCCAGGUCCCGCUCACGUGUAAGUACGACAAGCGCCGCAGCCUGGCGGUGAACUUCGUGCCGGACACGGGCAGCAUCUUCGUGACGGAGACGGGCUUCGGCGACUUCGUCUUCAACAUCGAGCUGUACCACUCGGAGCGCUUCGCGCUGCCGUACAAGAAGAGCGACUACCCCGUGCACUUCAAGGAGAACCAAAACGUCUUCGUCCAGCUCGCCGUCAAGGUCCAACCUGAGCGUCACUCUCUUCACACGAGAACUGCUUCGCGACCCCCAGCGGGGACCCCCCAGGACCCCAUCCGAUACGACCUCGUCAAGAACGGCUGUGUGCUGGAUUCGACGUGGAAGAGCUACAGCAGCUUCCUGAAGAAGAACCAGUUCAGCUUCGUCGCUUUCGCCUUCGUCGGGGAGUUCAAGCAGGUCUUCCUGCACUGCGACGUGCUGGUGUGCAAGGCGGGCCAGGCGGGCACGCGCUGCCAGCAGGGCUGCGUGAACAGCGCCCGGCGCAGGAGGAGCGCCGUCGCCAUGGGGGAGAUCGUCGAGUCGGCGUGCACACCGUGUCCCGCGGGCCGCUCGUUCAUCUGGGGAGCCGAACCGCUCCUCCGGUAA